UAAAAUAAAAACACGGCUAAGGGAGGGAAGUCUCUGAGAAACAGAUCAGCUUUGACCCUCUCUUUCUCUCUCUUCCAAUUCCCAUGGUGGUUGGCACUUUCCUCCUCUUCUUCUUCUUUUAAUUUUCUUCGCAAUUUGCACACGCUGUAUGAGAAAUUAAAAGAAAAUCCUUCUUCUCAUCCUCAUUAUUCUCUUCCCAUAUAUAUAAUUCAAUUCUCAAAUUCUCCUUCAUUUCAUUGCCUGAUUUUCCAUAAAAAAAAUCCUAUCUAUUCCCAAAACUUUGUUUGCUCUCUCACUUUGAUUUCGUAAUUAAAGCAUUCCCAGAAAAUACAGAAACAGGGUUUCUCUAUUUUUCUGGGAAGAUUUUUUUUUUAUUUGUCUAUUUGGAUAGAAGAAAUCUUUAGAUUUGCAAGCUCCUUUUUUUUUUCAUUGUUGCUAAAAAAAGAUCAGAUUUUGAUCCUUUUUGGACCGUUUUAGGUUUUAAUUCAAACACCCAUUUCAGAAAAAAAAAAAAAAAGCUGCAAAAGAAAGAUCUAGAUUAAAUUUUUGGUUUUGAUCUCAUGGGAAAUUGUUGUGUGACUCCAUCAACAGAUUCUCAUGAGGAGAAGAAGAAGAAAGGAAAAAAGAAGCAAAACCCAUUUUCCAUUGAUUAUGGGCAUCACCAAAUCAACGGGGGCCAUAAACUUUUUGUUUUAAAGGAGCCAACAGGGAGAGAAAUUGAGCAAAGAUAUGAACUUGGGCGUGAGCUUGGCCGUGGUGAAUUUGGGAUCACAUAUCUUUGCACAGACAAAGAAACAGGUGACAAUUUUGCAUGCAAAUCAAUAUCAAAGAAGAAGCUGAGGACAGCUGUGGAUAUUGAGGAUGUGAGAAGGGAAGUUGAGAUCAUGAAGCAUUUGCCAAAGCAUCCAAAUAUUGUUAGCUUGAAAGAUACUUAUGAGGAUGACAAUGCAGUGCAUUUGGUCAUGGAGUUGUGUGAAGGGGGUGAGUUGUUUGAUAGGAUUGUUGCAAGAGGUCAUUACACUGAGAGAGCUGCUGCUGCUGUCACCAAGACCAUCGUUGAAGUUGUUCAGAUGUGCCACAAGCAUGGGGUGAUGCAUAGAGAUCUCAAACCUGAGAACUUUCUGUUCGCAAAUAAGAAGGAGACAGCGGCUUUGAAGGCGAUUGACUUUGGUUUGUCAGUUUUCUUUAAACAAGGUGAAAAUUUUACUGAGAUAGUUGGAAGUCCAUACUACAUGGCUCCUGAGGUGCUGAAAAGAAAUUAUGGACCUGAAGUGGAUGUUUGGAGUGCUGGUGUGAUCCUUUACAUCUUACUUUGUGGUGUCCCACCUUUUUGGGCAGAAACCGAACAAGGAGUUGCUCAAGCAAUUAUUCGUUCUGUUAUAGAUUUUAAGAGGGAUCCUUGGCCUAAAGUUUCUGAUAAUGCAAAAGACCUUGUGAGGAAGAUGCUCAAUCCUGAUCCCAAGCGGCGACUUAAAGCUCAGGAAGUGCUAGAUCAUCCUUGGCUGCAAAAUGCAAAGAAGGCUCCAAAUGUUUCCUUGGGUGAAACUGUGAAGGCAAGGCUCAAGCAGUUCUCUGUAAUGAACAAGCUCAAGAAAAGAGCUCUCAGGGUUAUAGCUGAGCAUCUCUCGGUGGAGGAAGUAGCCGGCAUAAAAGAGGGAUUUGCAUUGAUGGAUACUGGCAAUAGAGGCAAGAUUAACAUCGAUGAGCUAAGGGCUGGGUUGCAUAAACUUGGCCAUAAUAUUCCUGAUGCAGAUCUUCAAAUACUAAUGGAAGCUGGCGAUGUAGAUAGAGAUGGAUAUCUGGACUACGGAGAAUUUGUUGCCAUUUCAGUCCACCUGAGAAAGAUGGGCAAUGACGAGCACCUUAAAAAGGCCUUUGAGUUUUUCGAUAGAAACCAAAGUGGUUAUAUUGAGAUUGAGGAACUAAGGGAUGCCUUGGCCGAUGAGGUUGAAACAAACAGUGAAGAAGUCAUUAGUGCCAUUAUGCACGAUGUGGAUACAGACAAGGAUGGGAGAAUAAGUUAUGAUGAGUUUGCUGCAAUGAUGAAGGCUGGUACAGAUUGGAGAAAAGCAUCAAGACAAUAUUCGAGAGAGCGGUUCAACAGUCUGAGUCAGAAAUUGAUGAGGGAUGGAUCAUUGCAGUUGAACAAUGAGCCUAGAUGAACCGACAGCAUAAACUUUACUUAUUGGAAAGAAAGACAAGUUAUACUAAUGAAAAAGUCUGUUGAUUUCACUAUUAUUUUGUCUGUUAAUUAUUUCUUUUGGGUCUAAAAGAAAAAACCCUUUUUGAUACCCUUGACAAGGGGGUCACUAGGAUUGAGCCAUGCCAAGGGGUUCUCCUGUCUAUUCGAAAUUUGAGGUUGUGUUGUUUGUUAUGAGGGUUGUAAAAGAGAAGGAGUGGAUUAAGGUUGGGGAGGGUUGUUUACUUUGUAUUUGUAAAUAUAUCUUGUUAAAUCCCAUACUUGAAUUAAUGUCUGUACCUGUUCUUUGUUUGGUA